UUGAAUCCCACAAGGAUAGUAAAACAAACGUGUGUGUGUGUGUGUGUGAAGGGGAGUUCGGGUUUUGUGGUUAAACAAGGGUGACGGGUGCAGUGUUGCCCUAAAGGUAGUACCGUAUUGGUGUUUAAUUCACAAGCGACUGUCUGUGUGCGUAUGCACAGUAAUUAUUUGCUGUUCAUGGAUGGAACAAACAGGACCCUGUCAGUGUUGUUGGUCUGUGCACAGAAGGAGGUCACUGGGAUUUUCAAAGCACCCCCACUCCAAAAGUGCAGCUGCAUCAGAAUCCAUUGGCCGACAUUCCAGACCUCAGCCACUACACUAGUGAACACAAUGCCCACCGGACAACAAAAGGAGACCAAUCCAGGGCAUUGAAAAAUGGUGAAAACAGAAGUGAAGAGACUGGGUUUGGGGCAGUGCUAUACACUGCUGCUGUUAGUUGGAAUACAGUUAAAGAAGAUUCAUUUGAUAAUGUAAGUUGAAGAUGUGUCUGAUUGAAGACUGAUUGUGACAGCUAGUAGCCAUAGCCACUCCCUCCCUGAGUAUUGGAACUGCCGUUGGGCACACCUGCUUUACCCUUCCCUCCUCUGCCUUGUAGCCCUGACUAUUUCAGACCAGGGGAACACAUGAAGGAAAUGGGCUGUGUGGAGAGAGAGAGAGGCUGGUAUAUUUAGCAUGCUCUAUUUCUGCCCCUGCUGCUCUCGUAACUACCCCACCACCCCCCUUCAUACCCCCUCUCCCUGGCGCACUGCACAGGUCUCCCAAACUGUAAUAAAGGUCAGACUUUAGUGUUGGUUCAGAGAGAGAGAGGACCACACACAAACACACAGCACACAUGGUUCUAUCUGGCCCAUGCCAUGUCGCCUUCAAAGGCACACUUCCAUUGGCACCAAUGCUUUAGGAAUGCCUUGUAGUGCCAAAGAUGUUACUAUGUAAUGCACAUAAGCUCUGUGAAGGUCUUACCGGAAUGUAGGCCUACACCUUUCCUUAAACUUAGAUCUUUCCUUUCCACACAUAAAUCAAAUACAAUAAUGCCAUCCUUUUGGUUACUAAAUUUGACUUGACAAAGAGAGGCUUUUUUGUUUUACCCACUUUCUCUGGCACUUGUUUGUUCUUCUCCACUGACAAACAGAAAAGGGAGAAGAGUCCAAAUUGCAAAAUGCCCCAUUGACCAAGUGACCAACAUUGUUGUAGCCUAGCUUUAACGGGUAAAUGCUUGCUUUAUACCAAGAACUGAAAUAUAACAUAAAAUGGGGUUUUGAUACUUAGUGCUGUGGCACGCAUGUUUUCUCUCCAUUGCCCUCAUCUUGUCCAUGCCCAAGCACAACAGUGUUGACUUCAGUCAGGUGCUGUUGAUGGGUUCUGAGAAUGUGGGAGAUCGUUUUGCACCAACACACAGUCUUAAAAAGUAGUUAGCAUAUAUUCAAAACGCUGUAGCCCCUGUACUGAGCCUGAGCCUGGUCUGCAGCCCUCGACCUGAGGCUGGAAGGGGAUGGGGACACUGGCCCUCUGCAGCCACUACUCACAGCUGUCAUGGAAAUGCAGCGUCAUAGUGGCAUUGCUACUGUUUCACCUGUGCUGCCUGCAAGUAUGGGCAUCCUGUCGCAUCCUGAGGUGCAACUCUGACUUUGUAGCUGUCACCCUGGACCUUGGGGGCAGCGGUGGGGGCGGUGGGGGCGGAGGGGGAGGCAGCAGAGAGGGGAGCAACGCGGGCUACUGCAGCGCCCUCCGCUCCUACGCCAUGUGUACCCGCCGCAUGGCCCGCGCCUGCCGGGGUGACCUGGCCUACCACUCGGCCGUGCAGGGCAUCGAGGACCUCCUCAUCCAGCACAGCUGCCCCAGGACAGGCCCCACUGCUCAGCCCCGGCCCCUGCCACAGGCCCCCAUCUCUGGGGAUGCCUGCAUCUAUGAGAAGGGCUACCUCCAGCGUGAAGGCCGGACCCCUGACUAUCUCCACUGUGCGGUGUUCGGGGACCCCCAUGUUCGCACCUUCCAUGAUGAGUUCCAGACGUGCACUGUACAAGGGGCCUGGCCACUGAUAGAUAAUGAGUAUCUAUACGUUCAGGCAACUAGCGCCCCCAUGAGAGGAGGGGCGUAUGCCACGGCUCUCACCAAAAUUACCAUCAUCUUUAAGAACUGGCGCCAGUGUAUCGAGCAUCAGAUCUAUCAGGCGGAGCUGGACAACGUUCCCGCAGCCUUCAUGGAUGGCUCAGUGACCAGCGGGGAGAGGCAGGGCCAGCACAGCCUGAGCGUCCACUCUGAUCUGCCUGGGCGCCAGGCUGAGAUCCGUGCCGCCCACAUCGGCACCACCCUGGUGGUGCGUCAAAGCGGGCGUUCCCUGGGCCUGUCAGUACGCUCGCCACGCGCCAUUGCUGAAGCAUUCACCCCCGAGCAGGACCUGCAGCUGUGUGUGUAUGGCUGCCCACCUUCACAACGCCUGGAGAUGCUACCGAGCCCCUCUUCUUCCUCCAGCCAGCCCUCUGCUGCAGCCCAUGCCCACUGUGCAGCCCUCCUCCCAGCCAGGGACAUCUACUACCAGGCCUGCUUGUUUGACCUGCUGGCCACAGGGGACCUCAACUCCAGCACGGCGGCCGUGGCGGCCCUGGAGGACGCCCGGGGAAUGAUCUCAGACCCCAAUAAGGUGCACCUGCUACUGGUGGGCAAGGCCGAUAGGAGUAGCACGUGUCUGCCUCUGAUCCUGGCUGUGGCCGUCCUAUCGGAGCGUCUGGUGGCUCUGUGGACGGGGCAGUGUUUAUGAACUAGUGACUGGUAGGAGCUGUGGGCAUAGCAUUAGCCACACUGAUUCUGACCGAGCAGAUGUUCUUUCUUCAUACUUGAUUGGCUUGUUUCACAAACAACAGGUAUCACCUUUGACUGGUUGGAACCCUGUGGCAUUGUGACUGGUUACAGAGGUCAAUGUUUUCCUCAUUCAUUUUCUUCCAGCAGGAGAAGCCAAUGUUGAUGGGAAUAAAUACAGGUGAAUGCUCUCAGUGAGGAUAGAAGUGAACUCUUGAAGCCUGACACUAGUUGUGUUGAUUCUAAUCCCUUUACUAUGCUGAACCAAAUGUAUUAAAACAGGAUGUAUUUUCCCUCUCAGCACAGAGGAUGGCAUACUGCGGCCUGUUGCAUAAUUCCACAAAUCCAGACAGUAAAUGUAUCACUUUCAGUUAUUUUCUGUUUAUUUUAUCAUGGAGGGCAUUUAGUGGUUUAUUUAUAGUAAAUAUAAUACUGCAGUGGUAUCAUCCUCCGUAAAGAAACUAAUUUAUCACUAAUUUAUUACGUCAUCUUUGUGUGUCUACAUUUCGUAUGCAGUGAGUUGUAAUAAUGUCUCGAUUAAUUUCAAAAGGGACUGUUUUUGAAUGUACGUUUGGUUCAUAUGUCAGUAUUUGUAAGACAAUGUUUACAAUGUAUUGUUCAUCCUGUUCAUAUUUUUACGUAGUUGCCAAAGUAAAAAAUAUAGCUUCUUAAAGUUACUCACACCAUCUUUUGAAAACAAUAGAGAUCAUGCAAGGUGUAAAUUUAAAUAAUAUAUUGUUUUCCAAAUGAUGGAAAAUAUCUCAUGUUGCCUUCCAUGUAAUACUGUGAUCUCUGACAAGGAUAAAACAUAUUUAUACUGACAGAUUCUAA